AUGACGAACUCGGCGCCGAAGCGUGGCAACAAGGUGGAACGUCAGGGUUCUCCCAAUACCGGAGGGAAGCGACAGCACCAGCGAAGUGGCUCCCUCAAGUCGACUUAUGUACCCAGUACGAGUCGAUCCGGGAGGAACUCUACGGGCAGACUGAGCUGCAGUCCACCCUGCCCGGCUCAGAAGAUCGGGCACUCUCCGUCGAGGCACGAGAGCCCUCGUGGUAGUCCUACCGGUAGCUUCUACGCGGGAGCCAAGUUCUCGGAGCCGCCGUCUCCUGCCAGCCUUCCCAAACCUCCGAGCCACUGGACCAUGAGAUUGAUGGGCAGUUGUCAGCGAGCGGAGGUACGCGAGAACGUCUCCACCUGUUCCAAAAUGAUUACCAUCAAUGCCCAGGCCUGA